AUGGGUGCCCUUAAGUACCUCGAGGAGCUUUCGAAGAAGAAGCAGAGCGAUGUCUCCAGCUUCCUUCUCCGGGUUCGCUGCUGGGAGCUCCGCCAGUUGAACGUCAUCCACCGUGCCUCGCGGCCCAGCCGCCCCGACAAGGCCCGCCGUCUCGGCUACAAGGCCAAGCAGGGCUAUGUCAUCUACCGCGUGCGUGUCCGCCGUGGUGGCCGCAAGAGGCCCGCUCCCAAGGGCGCCACCUAUGGCAAGCCCACCAACCAGGGUAUCAACCAGCUCAAGUACCAGCGCUCGCUCAAGUCGACCGCUGAGGAGCGUGUUGGCCGCCGCUGCGCUAACCUGCGCGUCCUGAACUCGUACUGGAUCAACCAGGACUCGACCUACAAGUACUACGAGAUCAUCCUCGUGGACCCCCAGCACAAGGCCAUCCGCCGCGACCCCCGCAUCAACUGGAUCGUCAACCCGGUUCACAAGCACCGCGAGUCGCGCGGCCUCACUGCCACCGGCAAGAAGUCGCGUGGUCUCAACAAGGGCCACCGCUACAACAAGACCCGCGCUGGCCGGAGAAAGACCUGGAAGCGCCACAACACCCUGUCCCUGUGGCGUUACCGGUAA